CAGAGAAGAGGUUAGCUGAAGACUGAAACCAACCGCCAUGGCUCUCACUCCACGGCCCUUUCUCCUCCAAUUCCCUCUCCAUUCUCCGUCACCGGCACCGGCGAAGCUCUUCUUCUGCUCUUCUCUGCCGGCGCCAAGAAAGGAUCCUGAGAUUUCCGCUGCUCUGUUCACUCCGAUCGCGCUCAGGGUUUCGUGGAGGACCAAUUGUAUCCGAUCGGCCACAGAGGAGGACCGCCGGAGCGACUCCGAUGCUAUACCGGAACAUACCGAUGCCGCCGAAGCCGUAAAAGACGAAGAGCAGAGCCGGACGUCGGCCGCUGCUACUGGUUCUACGGGUUCGCCAUUAAAGCUUAAUACGACGUCGUCUUCCAACGAUUCUCUGUCUCUUGGGAUUCGUGAGCCCAUCUAUGAGGUGGUGGAAGUGAAGUCAGAUGGAAUCAUAUCUAAUAGAAAAAUCAACAGGCGUCAAUUGCUCAAGUCAAGUGGUCUUCGUCCUCGUGAUAUUCGCAGUGUAGACCCUUCGUUGUCUUUGACUAAUUCCGCGCCUUCUUUACUGGUCCGUGAACAUGCUAUUCUUCUAAAUCUAGGCUCAUUACGAGCUAUAGCAAUGCAAGAACAAGUCCUCAUAUUUGACUACAAUAGAAGAGGUGGGAAAGCAUUUGUAGAGACUCUAUUGCCUCGACUGAACCCAAAACAUAUGAAUGGAGCACCGUCGAUGCCAUUUAUGCUUGAGGUCGUGGAAGCAGCACUACUUUCAAGAAUACAACGCUUAGAACAGAGACUAAUGGAUUUAGAACCUCGUGUUCAAGGUCUGCUUGAGGUUCUGCCUAAUCGAUUAACUGCUCAAAUACUGGAACGACUUCGAAUAAGCAAGCAGACUUUGGUUGAACUGGAUUCAAGAACAGGGGCUCUCAGACAAAUGCUGCUUGAUCUUCUUGAGGAUCCACAUGAAAUUCGUCGUAUAUGUAUCAUGGGCCGAAACUGCACAUUCAAGAAGGGCAGUGAAGAAUUGGAAUGCUCUGUUGCCGUAGAACAGCAGAUUGCUGAGGAAGAGGAAGAAGAAAUUGAGAUGCUUUUGGAAAACUACCUCCAAAGAUGUGAGUCUUGUCAUGGUCAGGCUGAAAGGUUACUUGAUUCUGCAAAGGAAAUGGAAGAUUCUAUAGCUGUCAAUUUAAGCUCUCGGAGGCUUGAGGUUAGCAGAGUGGAGUUGCUCCUUCAAGUUGGGACAUUUUGUGUGGCGGUUGGUGCUCUAGUUGCAGGUAUUUUUGGCAUGAACUUGAGAUCAUUUCUUGAAGAACAUGUGUCUGCAUUCUGGCUCACAACAGCUGGGAUAAUCGUUGGCGCUGUAGUGGGAUUUUUCCUUAUGUACUCUUAUCUCAGGAAGAGAAAAGUUCUCUAAACUAACAAACAUAGUGACUCAGUUUUGGGCCAGUUUCAAAGACAUGCACCUCUCUAUCUCCCAGGUAUACGAUAAUGGUGGUUUUCAAGCACUUGCAUGAAUGGUGAUGAUAUGAGAGAGAGGGCUUUGGGUCUUUGGCAUAAUGUGGUACAUACAAUACAAGAGGAAGCUCUUGAGACAACAACCGAGUCCCAAAUGGGUACAUUGUAUUAUUUAAAUUAGAUUUAGUGUUACUAUGAAUUAAAAAGGAAGAAAGAAAGAAAUGAUUUCUUUUACCCCAAUUAUUGAUGGAAUGGCAUUGUAGAAUAAUUCUUCUAGGCUUUUUUUUUAA